UUACUUUGCGCAGUGUUCUUGAGGUUUCCAAAUAUUAGAGUUGUAUAUUUGUAGCUCUCAUUUUAUUAUCUGUAAUUUAUGCUCCGUUGAUGUCAUCAAUUUGAGUGAAUCAUUUCUAUUUAAGCGUUAAUGUUUAUAUGGUUUUAAUCUGUUUUGUUGAAUUUUUUUUUCGAGAUGAAAAAUAACCCUAAGGAAGGAGGACAAGUGGAAAUUGCUCCCUUACGUAGUUUAGAUGACUUUAUUCUAGAGUCUGCGAGAUUUCAAAUACCAAAUUAUAAAGACUUGGAAAAAUGGGGCAAUCGUGUUACAAGCAACUUAUUAUAUUACCAAACCAAUUAUUUUCUUUUGGCUAUUCUGAUAAUUAUUUGUGUUGGUGCACUACAUCCUAUUAAAAUGGCUUGUGGAUUUUUGGUUAUGCUGGUUAUUUUUGGUGUAUUUGUAUAUAUUACCAAUGAAAGAGCUGCAGCAUCGCAAUUUAAGAGGAAUCAUCCAAUAAUUUCUAUACUUUUGAUAUUGGUUGGUGGCUAUUUUGUAACCUACAUGUUAAGGUCACUACUGGUUUUUAUGUUUGGUAUAUUAUUACCAGUUUUUGCUAUUUUUGUCCAUGCUUCACUUCGAUUGAGAAACCUGAAGAAUAAGCUUGUCAAUAAAGUUGAAACUCUUGGUUUGAAAAGGUCACCCAUGGGCAUAUUUCUCGAAGAAUUGGGUUUAGAAGGCGAUUUUUUUUGAUUGCCUGUAUAAAAAUUAUUAUAAAAUAUUUUAAACGAACAUUUUGAAAGAGGAUUUAUUACCUGUAUAUUCAAAAUGAAGUUUUCAAAAAUAUUUUUAUCAUGCUUAACAUCUCAAUAUUUUAGAAAAGAACUGAUCAAACGAGUUAUAGACGUAACUCAACAAAAUGUAUUACUAGUAUUUUAUUUGUGAUAAUUACAAGAGUUUGUAUAUAGUCUAUAACUAUAAUUAUUUUGAAUUAUGUUACGAGCACUAGAAUUUGAAGUGGAUAAUUAAAUAGCUAAUAUUCUAA